AGUCUCUGAUCAUUUCCAUCUUCGCAAUGAUGAUUCCGUUUCAUUGAUCGAUCAAUCUCACUGACAAAUCUCGCCGGAGUUACUUCUCGCCGGCCUAAAUCAUGCCUUUGCCUAUAUUCUCGUCGCGGUUACAGUGUUCGUCUUCCUCGUCAUCCUCGUCGCGAUCUUCGUUUCUUCGUCCUAAGCCUCGAAUCGAUCCAAGCUUGACCUUAAUUCCAGGCUUAUCCAACGACGUCGCGAGACUGAUUCUCUCCUUCGUCCCUUACCCUCACAUCUCUCGUCUCAAACCGACCUGUAAAUCAUGGUACGCUUUUCUCUCUUCCAAAACCCUAAUUUCACUCCGCCAUAGCCGAGACAACAGCAACAUCAACAAUCUCUCGCAUCUCCUUUGUAUCUUCCCUCAGGAUCCUUCGAUUUCGCCUCCGUUUCUCUUCGAUCCAGUGACUCUCUCUUGGAGAUCGCUUCCUCUUAUGCCUUGUAACCCUCACGUUUACGGUCUCUGCAAUUUCGUAGCCGUAGCUCUUGGUCCUUACGUUUAUGUUCUCGGUGGCUCUGCUUUUGAUACUAGGUCUUAUCCUCUGGAUGUUCCUUUGCCUACUUCUUCUGUGUUCCGUUACAGUUUCGUGAAAUCGGUUUGGGAACGGCUCUCUCCGAUGGUGUCUCCACGUGGUAGCUUCGCUUGCGCUGCGAUGCCUGGUUCGUCUGAUCGGAUUAUUGUGGCGGGAGGAGGAUCACGGCACACUUUGUUUGGUGCUGCUGGAAGUAGAAUGAGUUCUGUGGAGAUAUAUGAUGUUGAGAAAGAUGAGUGGAGAGAAAUGGUUGAAUUGCCUAGGUUUAGAGCAGGAUGUGUUGGUUUCUUGGUUGGGGAUGAGAAGGAGAAUGAGAAGAAGGAAGAGAGGGAGUUUUGGGUAAUGGGUGGCUAUGGCGGAUCGAGGACGGUUUCAGGGAUUCUUCCUGUUGAUGAAUACUAUAAAGACGCGGCAGUGAUGGAUUUGAGAGUAGAUGGUGGUGAGAAAUGGAGGAUAGUUGGAGAUAUGUGGGGAGAAGAAGUGCGACCUAAGCUAGGGAAGAUUGUUGCUGUUGAUUGUGGAAAGCCGGUGUUUUUCAUGUUAGAUAAGGAUUUGAUUCUUAGGUAUGAGGUAGGUUUGAAUCGUUGGAGAAAGGAGUCAAGCGUGCCGAAGAAAGCUCAUUACGACAAACCGGUUGGUUUUGUUGCACUGAAUGGUGAAUUACAUGUUAUGAUUCUUUUGGAUGGUUAUAAUCUGAUGGACACAAGGCAUACUAGACAACAGAGGAAAGCUGGAUCUUUGAUGAUUCAUAUGUAUGAUCCAAAGAAGAAAACUUGGAGAUCGGUUGUCUCAAAGCCACCGUUCAAUCACCAACUUGAUUUCAGGACCACGGUUAUGUGCACCAUCCGAUUGUAGUUGGUGUAAAAAACUCUCAUCACAUCAUCUAGAAUAAUAAUUUGGUGUUCAUGGUGUGUGAGCUCUGAUGAUGUUUAGGUAUUGGUUCGUUUCGUUUACCACAUUUACAUAUGUUACCACAUUCUGUACAGGUUGAAAAAAAAAAGAUCUUUGGGUAUUCUGUUAUAUUGUAAAUAACAAAAUAUUCUAUGGCUUUGUAUAAAAAUGCUCUAGCUUG